CUCAGUGAAGCGCUGGGCAAUAUGGCGUCCGUGUGGGUGAGAGAUGCGCUUAGUAGCAGGUUGCAGUUGGUCAGAGUGGCUCCGGGGGCCGCGGCAUUGGAUCUGCUCUCACAGGCAGGAACCGCAAUACCACUGACUGACUUUUAUAUCACGUGUAAUGGGCACCUGGCAGACCUUGAAGAGAAGCUGCAGGAUGGACGCACCUACAGCAUUGUACCUCGACUGUGUGGGGGUAAAGGGGGCUUUGGUUCUAUGCUCAGGGCACUUGGUGCUCAGAUUGAAAAGACCACAAACCGCGAGGCUUGUCGUGAUCUCAGUGGGAGGCGACUUCGAGACGUGAACCACGAGAAAGCGAUGGCAGAAUGGAUAAAGAAACAGGCAGAUCGGGAAGCAGAGAAAGAGCAGCGACGCCUGGAGAGGCUACAGCGUAAACUGGCAGAGCCAAAGCAUUACUUCACUGACCCAGAAUACCACAAACAGUGCCACGACAUGUCCGAGAGACUUGAAGAAGCAGUAAUUAAAGGGUUACAGGCAUCCUCCAGCAGCAUGGCUUCUGCAGAGUCCGAUGAUACCCGGAAACGGAAGAAGGACAUGUACUCUAGCAAAGGGACACCUGGCAAAAAGAAAUGCUUUUGGACGGGAUUGGAAGGGUUAGAAACCUCUUCAAGCUCUGAUUCUGCCAGUGACAGUGAUCUUGAUGAAUCUCCUUGCUCAUCAUCUUCGUCAUCAUCAGAUUCUAAAUACUAUGAGAACAUUAAAGAGAGACUACAAAGCCCUGAAUCUCAGAGCAGCCCAGAGGAACUGGGGCAAGGCAGUUCUGAUGGAUCACACCAAAUGCUAGAGGGGCAUUCCAGUUCUGAUAGAUCACACCAAAUGCUGGAGGGUCAAGCCAGUUGCAGUGGUUCAGACCAAAUGCUAGAGGGGCCUUCAAGUUCUGCUGGAGCGCAGUGGCAAUCCAGUUCUAAAGGCACUGAACUAGUUCAGGAGUCGCAAUCCAUUCCGGUAGAAUCGGAACAAAAUAUGGAGUCUCAAAACAGCUCAGAUGAAUCAAAACAAACAACAGCUUUCAACAACAGUGGAAUCAAUGUUGAAUGUGAGAAUGUAACCAGCCCAGGCAGUACUGGACAGAACGGACAGACUCCUAAUGAUGGGCUGAGACCUGCAUCUCCCAGUAUCCCGAUAUCCAAACAGGAACUUCAGCAGCCAUCAAACGCUGAAACGUUGCCUAUAGACCUCCUGGCCUUUAAGACUGCGGCGGAGCUGGAAGCCCUAGGAUUGGAGAAGCUGAAACUGGAGCUGGGGGCUCUUGCCCUAAAAUGUGGCGGAACCCUGCAAGAGCGGGCGGCAAGGCUGUUUUCUGUGCGCGGACUUUCCAGAGACCAGAUUGACCCGUCGCUGUUUGCCAAACCUGCCAAAGGAAAGAAGAAAUGAAAUGGCUCCAUUGAGUUUUUACUGCCCAUCUUUUUAUGAGCCCCAUCUUUUAUUUUUCUACAGCAAUGCUUAAUUUUUUUACCUACAGUUCCUGGCUCAUUGUUGCAUAUCUAUCCCAGACUCAUCUUUUGCUCGUCUGAUUUCAGAAAUGGAAUAUAUCAUCUGGAAAUAAAGUUAUUUUGAACCAGCUUUAAA